CUAAAACUCAAUCUCUCUCUCUCUCUCUAGAUUAUCUCUUCACCUCCUUCCUUCAAAUCCAUCGGUUAUUUGUCCAAAAUCCCCCAAAACACGAAACACAAAACACAACUCUUCUCUGUACCACACUUAAUAACACAUAAUCUUCUCUCUCUUCAAUCAAGAAAGCUUAGUAAGCAUUUGAUUCAAAAAAAUUUAGUUGUUAAUCUUUGUGUAUUGAUUAAUGCUUAGUUCGAUUCAAUGAGAUUGUUCUCUUUCAUUACAAAUGGCUUCUGCUUCGUCUAUGUCAGUGUCAGUGGAAUGUGUGAACAUAUGCAAGUUUCCGAAAGGCGACGUCAGUGGAAGAUAUUAUGAUUGUAGCGUUUUCUCGUGUGCUUGGAAAGCGCCGAGAGCUCUGACUGGGUUUCUUGCCAGCACUGCACAUCCUGCUCACUGUUCUUCUUUGUCCUAUUCUUCUAACGGAAGAAGAAAUCGUAUCAAUUCGAGAUGUGAAGCCUUUGAUGUUGGAGGUUGGUGUACUGAUGCUUCAGACUUUAUACUUCUUGGAAAACUCUUCAGAUCAAGUUUGCUUAAUGUUCCUUGUAAAAGAUGGCAGUUGUGCUGUUCCUCACCCAUCUCUUCAACUGCUUUCAGCAACGUUUCUCCUGAAAGGUUGUGGGAGGAUCUUAGACCCACCAUAUCAUAUCUUUCCCCUAAAGAAUUGGAAUUGGUCCAUAAUGCGCUUAAGCUGGCUUUUGAGGCACAUGAUGGUCAAAAAAGACGCAGUGGAGAGCCUUUCAUCAUUCAUCCUGUGGAAGUUGCACGAAUUCUGGGAGAACUUGAACUAGAUUGGGAAUCUAUUGCUGCUGGAUUACUGCAUGACACGGUUGAGGAUACAAAUGUGGUCACUUUUGAGAGAAUAGAAGAGGAGUUUGGUGCUACUGUAAGACACAUUGUAGAAGGAGAGACCAAGGUAUCCAAGCUAGGAAAGUUGAAAUGUAAGAAGGAAAACAAUUCAGUGCAGGAUGUUAAAGCUGAUGAUCUUCGGCAAAUGUUUCUAGCCAUGACAGAGGAGGUCCGUGUUAUCAUUGUCAAAUUAGCUGACAGAUUACAUAACAUGCGCACUCUUUCGCACAUGCCUCCUCAUAAACAGUCCAGCAUUGCAAUGGAGACAUUGCAGGUCUUUGCUCCUUUGGCAAAAUUGUUAGGGAUGUACCAAAUAAAGUCUGAACUUGAAAAUCUAUCCUUCAUGUACACAAACGCUGAAGAUUAUGCGAAGAUCAAAAGACGAGUUGCAGAUCUUUAUAAAGAACACGAGAAAGAACUUGCGGAGGCAAACAACAUUUUAAAGAAGAAGAUUGAGGAUGAUCAGUUCUUAGGACUUAUGACUGUGAAAACCGAAGUUCUUUCUGUAUGUAAGGAGCCUUACAGUAUUUAUAAAUCUGUGCUUAAAUCAAGAUGUUCAAUCAAUGAGGUUAACCAAAUUGCACAGCUUCGCAUUAUCAUAAAACCAAAGCCAUGUGUUGGAGUUGGGCCUUUGUGCAGUCCUCAGCAGAUAUGCUACCAUGUCCUUGGGUUGGUUCAUGGAAUCUGGACCCCUAUUCCUCGAGCUAUGAAAGAUUACAUUGCGACCCCAAAGCCUAAUGGUUAUCAAAGUCUCCAUACCACUGUGAUUCCCUUUUUGUAUGAGAGCAUGUUGCGACUGGAAGUUCAGAUAAGAACUGAAGAGAUGGAUCUGAUAGCUGAGAGAGGCAUUGCUGCUCACUAUAGUGGGAGAGUAUUUGUCACUGGCUUAGUUGGACAUGCAAUGCCUAAUGGUAGAAGUUCAAGGGGGAAGACUGUCUGCCUUAACAAUGCAAACAUUGCACUCAGGAUUAGCUGGCUCAAUGCUAUUAGAGAAUGGCAAGAGGAGUUUGUUGGCAACAUGACCUCCAGAGAAUUUGUAGAUACUGUCACAAGAGAUCUCUUAGGUAGUCGUGUCUUUGUCUUUACGCCCAGGGGAGAGAUAAAAAAUUUGCCUAGAGGAGCAACUGUUAUUGACUAUGCUUAUAUGAUACAUACUGAAAUUGGCAACAAGAUGGUUGCUGCAAAGGUCAAUGGUAAUCUUGUUUCUCCUACGCAUGCACUUGCCAAUGCUGAAGUUGUGGAGAUAAUCACCUACAAUGCGCUCUCUAGCAAAUCGGCUUUCCAAAGGCAUAAGCAGUGGUUGCAACAUGCUAAAACACGUUGUGCCAGGCACAAAAUUAUGAAAUUUUUAAAGGAGCAAGCCGCAAUGUCUGCUGCUGAAAUAACGGCAGACACAGUAAGUAAUUUUAUUGCUGAUUCUGAAGAGGAGAGCGAAGGAGAAGAGCUUUUAGGUAGUUCCAAACAGAGCAGACCUUUGUGGGAGAAGAUCCUUAUGAAUGUUGUCGACAUGUCCUCUCCAAUUAGAAGUUCUAAAGAUAUAUUUCCUGUUAACAAUGGAAGUAUUUGGCGUCCAAAGGUCAAUGGCAAACAUAACAAACAUGUACAGCAUGCCAGUUCGAAGGCCAAGGGAGAGUUGUCUUCACAAGAAAAUGGUUUUGCCAAAAUGAUGUCAGCAAAUAUUCCUAUGUAUAAGGAAGUCUUGCCUGGUUUGGAAAGUUGGCAAGCCAGUAAAAUUGCUGCUUGGCACAAUCUUGAGGGGCAUUCCAUUCAAUGGUUUUGUGUGGUAUGCAUAGAACGAAAAGGCAUGAUGGCUGAGGUGACAACAGCAUUAGCAGCUGUAGGCAUCACUAUAUGUUCUUGUGUGGCUGAAAUUGAUAGAGGAAGGGGAAUGGCUGUCAUGUUGUUUCAUAUCGAAGGGAAUCUUGAGAGUUUGGUUAAUGCUUGCUCAAGUGUGGAUCUAAUCCUGGGUGUUUUGGGAUGGUCUAUUGGCUGUAGCUGGCCAAGCUCCAUGGAAAACCAUCAAUUUCUUGAAUGCUAAGCAAUCAGCAGAGCCAGUUGCACAUAUUGAAAUGGUUAACCCAACAAUUGCAAUGUUGGGUAUGAAGUUUUGUCCCAGAGGAUUGGUUGCUUAUAAUAGAUUUUGGCUAGUUAGUUACAAAGUUCUCAUCUAUUUGUUGGACAUAGUAACAAAAUAAACCCGCAGCAGCCAUUUGAGCUAAAUCUGUGGAGUCAGGGCACUGUAUAUAGAAAAAGAGUGAUAGUUAGAAGCGAGUAUACUCUAUACACUUGCAAAGAUACAUGCUAUAAGAGGAUGGCAAAACAUAUAUACAAAGCAUUGUACGGAUCUCUUGCUGCUAUAUGUAAAUUUUCUUUGGUCGGUCUUAA